AUGGCGAGCACCGAUUCGUCGUCUCGCCAGGGCAGUCCGGCUGUUGCUCCUGCCCCGGCACCGGCUGCAUCAACGCCAGCUCAACCUCAUCCUCCAGCGUCGCCUUCGCCAGCCCUGGAACCAACAGCUGCAACAGCUGCAACAACAACAAAAACAACAGCAACACCAGAAGAAGAGUCGCGGAUAGAGUCUCAAGCGACGUCGAAACUUGAUAUACGGACACAGGCCGAGAAUUCGUCCACCGCGACGAUGGGGGCAGGAACCGGAACGGGCGAUAGAGGCGCGUUCGAGCCUGAAAAGGAGACACAUUUCGACAAGCCUGACGGAGGCUACUACGCGGGCUCAAGGAAGGACUUCCCACUCCCUGCGUGUCGAUACCCGUUGCCCAGAACCAGCGUGAAGCGCCUUUCGGAGCCGGAGCCAGGCACAAAGGGUGGCAGACAGAGACACUAUACGGAUGACCCUAACUACCCUCUACAGGGCUUCUGGACAGAGGCUGGUACGUGGGAGGACUGGCCGCCAAAGGACAGUUCCCCCGGCCCGGAGGACAAGGAGAAAGAGAUAAAAGAAAAGGACAAGGACAAGGAACAGGAACAGGAACAGGAACGGAAGCAGAAUGGACAUGAUAAACCGCAGGAGAAGGAUAAUUCCCAGGGACAGGCGAAUGACAAGGAGAAAGAGAAGAAGAGCACGGCUACUGAGGCAAAGUCUACGAAGAAUGAAAGUACGGCAACAUCAGCAGGAGGUCGUGACAAGCCGGAGACUAAGCCAGAGUCUUCUUCUGCGGCUUCCGCGCCUGCUAGUAGCCGUCGACAGACAAACGGGACCAUUGGCAGCGUCUACUCCGGCAACAAAAUUCGCCAUCUCAAGAAAGAUGAUGGCAUUCCGCUCUGGCGCAAGGACAUCCAACAUCUCUUCCUGCGCAUGGUUUUUGAAGAUACUACACCUGUGUUCACCCGAUAUUCCGACGGAAAGAGCGGACUGAGCUUUGCGGAUAUCUACAUCGACGCCAUGGCAAAGAGCAGCAAGACUAGCAAGGUGCUGAAGGAUAAACUGACCACCGACAAGCCUGCUGCAAUCAACAUGGCCAUGGUCUGUCUUCUGGUUAAUUUUGGACGAAUGAAUACCACCCUCAAUUUCUUCCCCGAAAUGCGUGCUCAGUUACGAACAUACCACUCCAUCCCUUCUUUGCAAGCCCACCAAGAUUCCAGCGCAUACAAACAGCUGCAGGACGCGCCACGGUUAAAGUCUAUAUUAAAGGGUGCAUCAGAAGAUGUUGAACAGCCGAACACCUUAGAAAAAUUAAGAGAGACUCGCGUUCCACGGACUAACCCCGUCAACCUCAUCUUUGUCCUAGCUCAAUACGCCCCAAAAGUAUCAGAAAUACACUUCCACUCUCCCCACGACUUCUUCGACCUCGUCAUGCGAGCUACCCUGAGCAGCAAGAGCCGGGCCAAGGCAUUUCUCUGGCUAAUGUGGUUUUAUCUCGAGAGUGACUUUUCUGAUGAAGCUGCGUUGAAGAACCCCUUUGGCCCUGGGACAGUGGGAGAGGGAACAGAUGGUUCACCAUUGAAAAUUCCCCAGCUAGAAGAAUUGUCGGAGGAGGAGGCUGAUGCGGAGAAUGUCGAUACCCAGGAGGAAAUUCAAUAUGGUGAAGAAAAGCAAAAGGAACGCAAGAGAAUCCUCGAUGACGAUGAUGUUGUAUCUCGCAGCAAGAGAGUGAAAAAGGGUAAGCCAUACUUCUCUUGCUUAGGUCGAGACAGGCAGUCGAACUUCUUCACACCCCUUAAUCAGAGCAGGCGCCCCGGCGAUGACGAUGAUGAGGGACUGCAUACUCCCGUCCAAAGCCUGAGGUCGCGGAAUAAACGCAAACGAGAUUCAUCAACGACUCGUUCAGCCAACGCUGGGCGAACACGGAUUGUGCUAAAGACCAAGAUGGACCAGGCUCCUGAUGGAUCAUCUCCUGCACCUCCUGGCUCAAGUCAUCCGGUGCUCCAUCAGUUUGCUCCUGGUUCUCCUGCUCCAGGGCACACGCCGUCAUCUUCUCGCCGGCCUCGACCACUGACCCAACAUCAGUUAGCCAUAGAGCAAAACCGUCGGCAGCGAGUAGAUUAUAUCCUUGCUCAGCGCCGUGAAGAAGAGUAUGGCAAAGCUCGCGAGCGCAGGGAGCAGGGAUCCCGUCUGCUACAUGCCGGUCGACUGCUUCAAUGCCUGCCGGCGGAUUACGAUACCGAUGACGACCAUUCAUGGGGCAAAGGCGGCCUAUGUUUGAACCCAGAUGCGCAACAGGAAGACUUUGGUGAGGCCGGGAGCUACUAUUUCUCUGUACUGAAGAAGGUAGCUCGACGUAUGCAUCGAUGGGAUUGGCAGUCUAUUGCCUCAGAGGAUAAGGAGAUUGGCCCCAAUGGAUUGAUGCACGAACAUGCUCUUGAUUUAGGGGAUGCAAAUGCCAACGGUGGCAUGGGCGAGGAGGAAGAAGUUGAACCAUCUGGCCCUUCAGCCUCUAGCCGAUCCAGAGGAGGUAGAAGAGACCGCAGAUCGAAUGCCAAUAACGCAGACAAGCUGUCUACCCCGGAUCCAACCCGAUUGGCUGCCCCCCCUUCGACCGGCAAGAGACAGUAUAUUCGCCGCAAGCCGUUACCGGAGCGCAAGCCCGGCGACCCGCCCAAGAGGGUCCGUCCAAGCAGGUCGAAGGCUGCUCUUGCCGCAAAGGCUGCUGCAAAGGCCGAGGCAGAAGCACAAAAAGCGUUAGCCCUCAAGGAGACCAAUGCAACUGGUACAAGUGCUGCUGGCUCUGAGUUGGGAUUACCCAGCUCGCCUGGCAGGGAUAUACAUAUGAAAGAUGUUGCAGAGAACGAGCACGACAAUGACCAAGAGCAAGAACAGGAGCCAGAGCAGGAACAGGAACAUGAUCCAGACCAGGAGCCUGAUGACGAGGCACUGGACGAUAUCGAUAAAGACAUCCUAGGUGAUGCCAGUGCCUACGGAGAUGACGGCGACGAAGAGGACGCAGAAGGCGAAUCUCGACUCUCUGUCUCUCCACUUCCAGACGCUGAUGCUGAUGCCGAUGCUGACGGCGACCUAGAUCAGGAACCAGGGUCUGAAGCUGUGGCUGGUCCAUCUGCUCUACCUGACGACGCUUCUUUUGCUAUAACAGAUGACAGGACUCUCCCGGCCUCUGUCAACGGCCAUGACGACGAUGACGACGACGACCAUGACCACCACGACGACGACGAUUCAACAGAGGAAGACGUCACUGUCGCGGCUCUGGUUGCCGCUGACACGCCAAAUACCAACAGCUAUGCGGAUGAGCCUGACCACGGGCCUGAUCGAGAGCAGGAUGUAGACAUGGAUGGGGACGAGACCAUGACCCAGGACUAG